UCGGGACUGGUUCUGGUUCUGGUUCUGGUUGAACGUGCCUCUGUGUUUACAGACCGACCGGAACUCGUUUUUUCUGGUUGUGGAGCGGAAAAGAAGCUGCACCUAACGGGAAGCUGCAGGAAGCACAUGAAAGAUGGGAGUCGGUGUGUUGGGUUUGGUUCUGCUGGCCAUCACCUGCCACAGCCUGGAGAUGAACAACCUGUACAGGUCACACAGGUCUCAGGAAAAUGUCUUCAAUCCCAGUGAAUGCGGGUCCAGAACCAGACCACAGCAGAUCCUGAACCCACAUAAUUUCUCUGUGGAUAUUCGCAUGCCUGGUGUCGUCCCAGCAGGGUCGGACACUUACCUCUGCAUGGCCUUUCCUGUCCCAACUACUCGAGAUGCAUACAUUGUGGACUUCAUACCUCAUGCGAGCAUGGACACGGUCCAUCACAUGCUGUUGUUUGGCUGCCAGACUCCCGUCUCCACCAGCAGCUUCUGGGAUUGUGGGAGUGUACAAGGUACUUGUGAGGAUGAAGCUUCCAUCAUGUAUGCUUGGGCUCGCAAUGCCUCGCCUACAAAAUUACCCAAAGAUGUUGGCUUUAGAGUCGGGAGAAAUUCAGGAAUGUCCUACUUUGUGCUGCAAAUUCAUUAUGGAGAUGUCAAAGCCUUCCAGGAUCAUCACAGAGAUUGCUCCGGGCUGACAUUAAGAAUGACUUCCAUACCGCAGCCGUUCAUUGCGGGCAUAUAUCUGCUGAUGUCUGUGGACACGGUUAUCCUGCCAGGAAAUAAAGUUACAAAUGCAGACGUGGCCUGUGAUUAUUCCUCGUACCCCAUCUACCCCUUUGCCUUCAGGACACACACACACCGUCUUGGUAAAGUGGUCAGUGGUUACAGGAUCCGUAAUGGGAAGUGGAGCCUGAUUGGGAGACAGUCUCCCCAGUUACCACAGGCAUUUUAUCCAGCAAACAAGGAGGUGAAUGUGCAGUAUGGAGACACCGUUGCUGCCAGAUGUGUGUUUACAGGUGAAGGGAAAACCUCCAAAACAUACAUUGGCGGGACAGCUGACGAUGAAAUGUGCAACUUCUACAUCAUGUAUUACAUGGACAGCAAGCAUGCCAUUCCUUUUAUGAACUGCAUGGAGACUGGCUCCAGAGAACUGUUCAGACAUAUUCCAGCUGAGGCGAACGUUCCCAUCCCUGUCAGCCCAGGUCACAUGGCCUCCAUGAUGACUGGGAAGCACUCAACAGAUGAGCGGUUGCCUCAGGACUCCAUCAAAGCAGACGUGGUUCUGGAUCAGGACUACCAUUUGGAGCAGGUGCCAUCUUGGCCACAGAGCUCUCUCCAGCUGGGUCAGGUGUCAGGACUGGCUCUGGACUCAGACUCUAACCUGGUGAUUUUCCACAGAGGAGACCACCACUGGGGUCCAGACUCUUUUAACAGCCAGGCUCGGUACCUGCACAGGUCACUCGGACCCAUCCAGCAGUCCACUAUUCUUGUUGUGGACCCGGAUGACGGCAGAAUCCUGAAGGCUUCUGGCAGAAACAUGUUUUAUUUACCUCAUGGAAUAACUGCAGAUGAGCAGAACAACUACUGGGUCACGGACGUAGCUCUUCAUCAGGUGUUGAAGGUGAGCAGCGAUGGCCGAGACAGAACUUUACAGACACUGGGAGAAGCUUUCACUCCAGGAAGUGACAUCAACCAUUUCUGCCAACCAACUGAUGUGGCCGUUGACCCCCAAACUGGGAACGUCUUUGUGUCUGAUGGAUACUGUAAUUCCAGGAUACUGAAGUUCUCUGCUGAUGGAAAAUACCUAUCUCAGUGGGGCGCAGGUUCAUCAGACAGGAGGAGGCGUACUCCGUUCCAGAUCCCCCACAGCCUGGCCUUCCUCCCGGACAAGAAGGAAGUGUGUGUCGCCGACAGGGAGAACGGUCGCAUCCAGUGCUUCAUCGAUGAAACUGGAGAGUUUGUCAAGGAAAUAAAGAGGGAUGAAUUUGGAGGAGAGGUGUUUGCUAUCACCUACAGCCCAGCUGGAGAUGGAUUGAUCUUUGCUGUAAAUGGAGAAUCACCAUAUGGCUCUGCUCCACUGAGGGGUUUUGUCAUAGAUUAUUCAACCAAAGAGAUUCUGGACACCUUCAGCCCAAAUGAAAAGGGGUUUAAAAUGCCUCACGACGUGGUAGCAACGGGGGACGGCAGCGUGUUUGUUGGAGACGUAGGAACUAAAUCCGUCUUCAAGUUUACAGCUGAGAAGUCACAUCGAUCUGUGAAGAAAGCUGGAAUCCAGGUUCAAGAACUUGAAGAUCAGGGAUCUCCAACUCCAGUCCUCAAGACCCACUCUCCUGCAGAACAUCCAUGUUUCCCUGCUGCAACACACCUGACUUCAGAGGUAGAGGCGCUGGUCCGGACCAGGAUCAAAGCGGAUCAGAAUAUCUCGAAGACGAUCAAAGAGAAACAAACCGCUGAACAGUCGGAAUCGGAAGAGAAGAAAGAAGUUUCAGCCACGGCUACAAGAGAGAACAGGCUUCUCCCGGCCGUCAUCAGCACUCUGCUUCUCCUUCCUCUGACGCUCGUCGUCUUCAUCGGAGUCUUCGUCUGCUGGAGGAAAAACAAACGAUGCGAGCUAAAAACAGAACCGCGUUCCGUGGGAGGAAUUCUGGGAAAAAUCAGAGGUAAAGCAGUGGGUGGUCUGAACCUGGGAAACUUCUUUGCGACCCAUAAGGGUUACAGUCGUCAGGGUUUUGACCAGCUCAGCACCGAAGGCAGCGACCAGGAGAGGAACGUGGAGGACAGCAGCGACUCAGAGAACGAAGAGUACUCCGCUCCACCGCCCCCAUCAUCAUCCUCUUAGACGCCAGAACCAGCUGCUGGUCUUCUGCUUCCUCUGCUGAGAUGUGGUUCUUCAAAAGUGUAACUGUUAUGUCGGCUGCCAAUCCUGCUGUUUACUGUAUAUAUUUAAAUGUGUUGUUGUAUAUAAAAUUAAGUAUUUUAUCAGUGGACUGGACCCAGUCUUGGUUUUCCUAAUGGAACUUAGUUUUAUGGAAACUUGGUACAGUCCACAAAACAAACACUUAUCUGGUCAGAUUCCGCCUUAAACAAGAAAACGUGUCUGCUUAUGCACUAUUAUUAUUUAAUAGAUUUUAUUUUCCA